AUGUCACCAGCUGAGAACAAGGAGGAGAAAGACCUUAAGGCUCGCUUUGGUGAUCACAUUGAUGUGGACACCUUUGAGCAGAUUCUUGAGAUGGACGAACCAGACGAUCAUGAAUUCAGCCAAUCGAUCGUUUUCGGCUUCUUUGACCAGGCAGAAGAGACAUUCGUCCAAAUCGAUGAAGCACUGGAAAAGAAAGACCUUUCAGACCUGUCAUCCCUUGGUCACUUCCUCAAGGGUUCAUCAGCGACACUAGGACUCGCCAAAGUGAGGGACGGUUGUGAGAAGAUGCAGCGAUACGGCAAGAAGGAAAACGUGGAUGGCUCUCCCGAAGACGACGAAGAAAUCUGCCUGAAGCGCAUCAAAGAAGCUUUCGAAGCUGUCAAGAGUGACUAUCACGAUGUCGAGAAAGCCUUGAGGGAAUACUACGAAAGCAAGGAAUAA